AUGAUAAUUAAAGACGAAAUAUUAGAAGAGAAUACUUCAUGUGAACGAAUUUAUACUGAAGCAAGUUCUCUCUCAUAUUGUGUUACUGAUGAUAAUACAAUUAAAACAACAGAAAAUUUCGAAGAAAAUACUCAUAAGAAAGAGUAUAAUGGAGAAGAUCAAUUUUCAUGUGAUUUAUGCAACAAAUCAUUUAUAUGCAAAGGCAACUUAGUUAAUCAUAAACGCAUACAUGUUGAAAACAAAAAUGAACAAGGUAAAAUAACAAAAUCAUAUUCGUGCGACUUGUGUGAAAAAGAAUUUACCACGAAUGGUAAUUUAAAUGAACAUAAACGAGUUCAUACUGGUUUAAAACCAUUUCUUUGUGAUCUUUGUGAUAUGAAAUUUGUAAAUAAAAGUUAUUUAGCUAAGCAUAAACGAGUACAUACGGGAGAAAAGCCAUAUUCAUGUAAUGAUUGUGAAAAAACAUUUUCUCGACAUGAUAGUUUACUUGUACAUAAGAGAAUGCAUACUGGUGAGAAACCAUUUUCAUGUGAUACAUGUAACAAAACAUUUACACGUAAAGAUAGUUUAAUUGUGCAUAAACGAAAUCAUACUGGAGAGAAACCAUUUUCAUGUAACGAUUGUGAUAAGACAUUCACGCUCAAAACUGCUUUAGUUAAACAUCAACGAUUACAUACCGGAGAAAAGCCAUAUGUUUGUGAUGUCUGUGAUAAAAGUUAUACGCGUUCAGAUAGUUUAAGUGAACAUAAGAGAUUACAUACUGGUGAAAAAUUAUGCACUUGUAAUAUUUGUUACAAAAUAUUUACGAAACAAAGUAAUUUAAUUAAACAUCAAAAGUUACAUCGUUGAAGAAAAACAUUCGAUCAAACAACCAUUUUCAUGUAAUGCUUGUGAUAAAACAUUCACUCUUCAACGUUAUUUGACAAGACA